UGUAUUGAAACAAAAAUUGGGGAGAUUUCACUAGCACAGAUGUCCGCAAUAAUCAGUAGUUUGGUCCUCAUUUUCUGCGUUUCUUCUCUGGAAUUCAUAGAUAAAGCCGAAAGCUCUUUACUUGGAGAAGAGAAACAAUGUUCUUCGUGUCCAACUUGUACACCAUGCAGUUCAUGCCCUGUGCUAUCUUCUCAAUCAUGUGAUAAUUGCCAGCCAAGAAGUGAAAACACAAUUCCUGUUAAGAAUCCUGAACAUCGCACUGUUGCGUUUGAAAAUGAAGGAGAUCGAAGGAGAGGAAAAAGGUUCCUUUUUCCAAUUUGGAAACCUUCUCAUUCAAAUUAUCCUAAAAAAUGUUCUCCCUGUCCGGUCAAAGAAUGUAAGAAAUGCAAGAAAUGUCCCAGAAAAACAAAAUGCAAAAAAUGUAAAUGUAAAUGUAGAUGCAAACACCGUUAUCACCAUCAUACCCAUGGGGAUCCCUCACCAUAUCUAAUGCAAGUAUAAAUAGGGAAAAAAUCUAAAUGAGAAAAUGAAUGGUAAUCUGAUGUACCUGAAGUACACUUGCUUCUGAAUAUCAGCAACAGGGUAGAUCAUAGCCAUCCUCAUGAAUAUUUGUUUUCCUUC